CUUGUUACUCCCUACAGAUCUAUUCGUUAAACCAGGAGAAUAUAGAAUUAGCAUCAGGCUUUUUUCGGUGACCAUUUGUAUAAUAGCUAAUUUAGAAAAAGAAAGAAAGAAAGAAAAAGUCACUAACCGUGACACAAAAGGAUUAAAGCAAAUGGAAACGUCUAUGGACGCCGCGUACAGUCACCUCCAGACAAUUCGAUGACCAUCUCGAUGGCUGGCGCAACCGUAACUUUACUUUUCUCAUUUACAUUUCAUCAAAAGGGAAAUUCUCGUUACUGUUAUAGCACGUUUUUGGCACAUGAUACUUUUUAACCGCAAAAUGGGCACAGUAAAUAAUGGUAACAAUAACAAUAUUUAUAAUCUUUAUGUAAAAAAAGUAAUCAAUUCCAAAUACUUACAUAAUAAAAGAUAACCAUGGGUAUAAAUACUUUUGUUUAUAAUUGAAUGACCAAUGAAUGUAGGUAGCACCUUUCUGUGAACACAUUAGAGUGAUGAUGGACGGGGAAUACAUUAUUCAUGGGGACCAACUAAAAGUGCCAAUUUCGAAUGAAUCUCUGGGACUUGCGUUAUAUAAUGCUUUACUGGGUAGUACUGAAGCUCCAAUAUUUAUAGACUCGGUGUCUGGGGAAACUGUGAGUAACAAGGCUCUACUCAAAAACUCCUGCCUUUUAGCAGAAGCCUUGCGGAACUACGGUUUGGGGAAGAACGAUAUAAUUGGGAUUUGCAGUGAAAACAGUUUAUACUAUUGCAAUCCCGUUUUAGCCGCUUUGUAUUGUGGUGUACCUUUAACCACGUUCAGCCCCUACUACACUACAGGAGAAUUACUGCAUGUUGCCAACCUUUCUCAGCCGUCUAUAAUAUUCUGUUCGCUUGGGUCAAGUGCGGUGGUACUGAACGUGAAAGGUCAGCUGAAGGUGACACCUAAAAUAAUAAUAUUGGAUCAAAAAGACGAUCAUAAUGGUUGUCAAUCAGUAGAAAAUUUUAUUAAGGAAAACGUCCCUAAAAAUUUCGACGUAAAUAAAUUCCAGCCUAGUCCAGUGAAUGCCAAGGAAGAUGUUGCAUUUGUUUUAUACUCUUCGGGCACGACUGGAUUACCGAAGGGAGUCAUGUUGACGCAUUAUAACUACAACGCGUCUAUUUCAAUUUUUGGUGAUAUUUUUCAAUCAAAACCACUUAACACGCCAGGCUUGGCUUUCAUGCCCCUAUGCCAUGCGUACGGCUUAUACUUGGUCGCGUGGAAAAUAAUUUGGGGGGGAUUGGUAGUAAUAAUGAACAAAUUCAGCCCCGAAGUUUAUCUCAGGUGUUUACAAGAUUAUAAAAUUGAAGACCUUAACAUCGUACCAUCAAUUGGGAAUUUUUUGGCAAAAAGUGACUUGGUAGAAAAGUAUGACUUAUCAAAUAUCAAGCAAAUAUUUUGUGGGACGGCACCAUUAAGUAAGGAUAUUGAGCAGAUAUUAAUUAAACGCUUUAAAGUAAAUGGAGUUCAGCAAGGGUAUGGAAUGACAGAAACGACCGCUGGAGCGAUAAGUCCAAUAUUGAAUACAAACGCUAUCGGUUCAUGUGGUUGCGUUUUGCCAAGCCUCUCGGCAAGAAUUGUAGAUGUCGAUACAGGAAAAUCGUUGGGGCCCAUGCAACGUGGAGAAUUGUGGUGUCGUGGUUCUGUUAUAAUGAAGGGAUAUAUAAACAAUCCAGAAGCAACUAAGGAUGCUAUAGACACAGAUGGAUGGCUACAUACCGGAGACAUUGCGUACUACGAUGAAAACCAUGCGAUAUAUGUAGUGGACAGACUAAAGGAGAUAAUGAAGUGUAAAGGGCACCAAGUUGCUCCCGCAGAGCUGGAAGCUAUUUUAAUGAACAAUGCCAAGAUAUCUGACGUCGCUGUAAUCGGCGUUCCUCACGAGCGAGACGGUGAGGUGCCCUUUGCAUUUGUGGUAUCCGUCCCUAACCAAACGCUAACAGAAGAAGAAGUGAAGGAUUUUCUUGCCGACCAAGUGGCACCUUAUAAGCAACUUCGAGGAGGUGUCAAAUUUGUGAACCAGAUCCCUCGAAACGGCAGUGGAAAAAUUCUCCAUCGCGUAUUAAGAGAUCAGUACAUUAGAGAGACAAUCAAAGCUUAUAUUGGUUAUUUUUAUGCAACCCAGCAGUUCUGCACUACAAUGCUUUCAGGAGAAUUGAUUCACGUUGCCAACAUUUCCCAACCAUCAAUAAUAUUCUGUUCAACCGAAGCAAGUUCCGUGAUACUGAAAGUAAAAGAUCGAUUAAAACGAGUCCCUAAACUGGUAGUAAUUAAUGCAAAAGAAGAUUACAGAGGCUGUCAAUCGAUGAAAAGUUUUAUAUCGGAAUAUAUACCAGCAAAUUUCGAUGUCAGCACAUUUUCACCAUGUCCAGUGAACGUAAAAGAAGAUGUUGCAUUUAUCCUACAGUCAUCAGGAACGACAGGUUUGCCAAAAGGUGUCAUGUUGACGCAUUUCAAUUAUACCACGGUUAUUGGUGUGAUUGGAUUCGCAGCCAUCACCAACCCACGAGCUGCUGUAACCUUGAUAAAUCUACCGUUACACCAUGCCUAUGGAUUGUUUUUGGCAUUUCGAGGAAUUUUUGAUGGAGGAAAAGCGAUUAUAAUGAAGAAAUUCGACCCAGAUGUGUACCUCAAAACCAUACAGGAUUAUAAAAUCGAUCAACUUUCAAUUGUACCAUCGAUGGCAAAUUUUUUGAUUAAGAGUCCGUUGGUAGAUAAAUACGACUUAUCUAGUGUGAAAAGGAUCAGGUGCGGUGCAGCACCACUAGGCAAAAGCGCGGAAGAAGCACUGAUUAAGCGACUAAAGGUGGACGAUAUUCGACAAGGAUAUGGUAUGACGGAAGCAACUAUUGGUAUUUUGGUUAGUUUGGACGACCAAGUUGUACCCGGUUCUUGCGGUAUUCCUUUCCCAAAUAUGGCAAUAAAGAUAGUAGACGUAGAUACAGGAAAAUCCCUGGGUCCAAUGGCGGUUGGGGAAAUAUGGUGUCGUGGAGACAUAAUUAUGAAAGGGUAUUUUAAUGAUCCAGAAGCUACACGAAAUACCAUUGACGAGGACGGAUGGCUUCAUACGGGAGAUAUGGCUUAUUACGACAACAACCACAUGUUUUUCAUAGUAGACAGACUAAAAGAGUUGAUCAAGUGCAAAGGAUAUCAGGUUGCACCAGCUGAAUUAGAGGCCAUAUUAGUUAAUCAUCCAAAAGUUGCCGAUGUCGGCGUGAUUGGCAUUCCUCACGACAGACACGGAGAGGUGCCAAUAGCUUUUGUAGUAGCAAUGCAAGGACAAGAUCUGACAGAAAAAGAAUUGAAAGAUUUUAUUCAUGGGCAAGUGGCAGCUUAUAAACGUUUAGAAAGUGUCCUUUUUGUGCCCAACAUUCCUAGAAAUCCUGCUGGCAAAAUUAUUCGUCGGAUUUUACGAGACACUCUACACAAACACAACUCCAAGUUGUAAAUAAUGACAAGAAAAGUUCUAGAAUCAGAGAUAGCUGUGUACAUUUCAUCAUCACAACUACAUUCACUGUCUAUAGCCUUUCUAAGGAUAAAUAGAAUACUUACUUAUUACUAAAUAAUGUUGUUCAAUGUUCAUCAGUCUACUUUUGAGCAGAUAAUUCUAUAAAACUAAGGAUUUCAAAGCC